CAGGCGACUUCGCCACUGCUUCCGUUAUCACAUGACUAGACUAGGGUCCUGCGAUGGGACCUGCCCGGGCACUUGCGCGAUCCGGAAGUGCUUUUCCCUUUUGGAAGGAAGAAGACGUGGGGCCGCUAAGGAAGGGUGUUGUGGGACGCUGACUUUGAGUGGCUUGUGUUUGGCUAUCGGCAGUACAGUUCACGAUGCUGCGGUUGUUCUUUUCUCCUCUAAAGGCGGUGCUCACGAGUCCAGGAAUCCGUCUCCUGGCUACGAGGGGGGCUCCUCGGUGUGGUUCCCAUUAUGGGCAAAAGCUCCCUCUCUUGCAAAGGCAAUACAGUACUGCCUCCGAAAUAGCUUUACAGUCUGGAAGGAGGGCAGUGCCUAUCCCCACGAAGGCAACCGAGCGGAUUAUGGGCCGUUGGCUCUUGGUCUGCAGUGGAACAGUAGCAGGAGCAGUUAUUCUUGGUGGAGUGACUAGAUUGACAGAGUCUGGACUUUCCAUGGUAGACUGGCACUUGAUAAAGGAGAUGAAACCACCUACAAGCCAAGAAGAAUGGGAAACAGAGUUCCAAAAAUACCAGCAGUUUCCAGAAUUUAAAAUCUUGAAUCAUGACAUGACCUUGGCAGAGUUCAAAUUUAUCUGGUACAUGGAAUACUCACACCGAAUGUGGGGACGGAUUGUGGGCCUGGCAUACAUCCUUCCUGCUGCCUACUUUUGGAGAAGGGGCUGGCUUACUUCUGGCAUGAAAGGUCGUGUUCUUUCUCUCUGUGGCUUAGUCUGUUUCCAGGGACUGCUGGGGUGGUAUAUGGUGAAGAGUGGAUUAGAAGAAAAGCCAGAUUCUCAUGAUAUCCCUCGGGUGAGCCAGUACCGCCUGGCUGCUCACCUGGGCUCUGCUCUUGUCCUCUAUUGUGCCAGCUUGUGGACUGCACUCUCCCUGUUGCUUCCUCGAGACAAGUUGCCAGAAACCCGUCAGCUCCUACAGCUGAGGCGAUUUGCUCAUGGGACAGCUGGCCUGGUUUUCCUUACAGCUCUUUCAGGAGCUUUUGUAGCAGGCUUGGAUGCUGGACUUGUAUACAACUCCUUCCCCAAAAUGGGAGAGCGAUGGAUCCCAGAGGACCUCUUUACCUUCUCUCCAGUCCUUAAGAAUGUCUUUGAAAAUCCAACCAUGGUGCAGUUUGAUCACCGAAUCCUGGGAAUCACUACAGUCACAGCCAUUACUGGGCUUUACUUCCUCUCCCGGAGAAUCCCCCUUCCUCGAAGGGCCAAAAUGGCAGUGGCAACAUUGCUGACUGUGGCCUAUGCACAGGUGGGCUUGGGCAUUAGUACUCUGCUAAUGUAUGUUCCAACUCCUUUGGCUGCAGUUCACCAAUCAGGUUCCCUGGCUUUGCUCAGCGUUGCCCUUUGGCUUAUGAAUGAACUUCGACGAAUCCCAAAGUGAUCUUCAGGGCAGCCACUUUCUGUGGCCAUGCCUGGGCUUUUGAGAGCUCCCUGGGAGUAUAGGGACUUGGACUUUCCCUCCCACUGGAUUCAGAAAAUGAUGUGGUAGAACAAAUGAUCAAGAAUGAAGGGACAAGGGCAACUGAAUGGCUCAGUGGAUUGAGAACCAGGCCUAGAGACAGGAGGUGCUGGGUUCAAAUCUGGCCUCAGAUACUUCCUAUUACCCUGGGCAAGUCACUUGACCCCCACUGCCUAGCCCUUAUGGCUCUUCUACCUUGAACCAAUACACAGUAUUGAUUCUGAGAUGGAAUGUAAAGGUUUAAAAAAAAUGGAGACCGAUUCUUUUUCAAACGAAACUACCCUUCACACCUAAAACCAGUCACUUUUAGAAAGGAAUUAUUUGUCACUUGCUUUUUAACAUGCUGUCCAAGAUCCCUUCCAACUUUUAAGAUACUUUGAUUCUGAUUCAGUCUUAGGGUUUUGGGGAAACAAAGUGUGAACUAGUUGUGCUUACUGUUUAAGGAACUUCUCUAGUUGCCCCUUUUCCCUCAGUGUUCCCCCUGUUUUUGACCCCUUUGAAUUUUCAUUGGGAUGCUGUACUCUAAUAGAAGUGAGGUUUCACAGGAAUGUUUCCUUUCUUCUGGCACAUAAUCUUUUGGGGCUCUCCUGCUGCUGAUAAGAGUCAGAAGCAAAGUGACUACAAGUCAGGAAAUGGGUUCUAGUCCCAGCGGUGCCACCAGCGUGGCUUUGGGUAAGUCAGGCAGCCCCACCAAGCUCCAGUUUUUAAACUGAGAUUUUACUGACUGUUAUCUAAAGUUCCUUCCAACUUUAAAAUUCUGUGUCUGCAUAGCUCCCAGUAAAGGCACUACUAACACACUGGAGAGCUAACGUACACCUAAAUGAUUCUUUAACACAAUUAAAGUGACGGGAUGUUUUGUCCUAUUAGUAAGUGUUUGGGGUAGAGGCUCCUUAAGAAGUAAAAGAUUUUGCUUCCAUCACACUUCUCUCAAGAGCCAGCCUUGCAGGUACCCUCACAAACAUACUGCACGACUGAACCAGACUCGUGGGGCUACAGCCUGGCCCUGGGAUCUCAUUGAUGCUUCUCCCUGUGUAGGUCAGCCCCUUCCCUACACCUCACAGCCUUAGAUAGGCCACAGAAUUUGCCCAGGGUCAUAUAGCCAGUAGGGGUUAGAGGCAGGACUCUCAUUCAGACCUUCCCGGCUUCAAAGCUCUUUCCACGAUGCCACUUAGUUAUUAAAUCUUAAAAGUGUGAACUUUUGACCUGUCCAGUCCUUACACCCAAGGGCUGAAGAGGACAGGACUGGAGAGAGCCUUAUGGAUGCUGUCGGAGAAGCACUGGGUCAGUGGAGGAGCAGUGACCCUGAGGAGUUCCGCCUCUCGGCUCCUGGCAGUUUUGAAGGUGGUUGGGGUUUUUUGAACAGUCAUCCUGUGUCGUUUACCCGAUCUCUUCAUUUGUACAUAAGGAACUAGGACCCAGAGAAGGGAUGGGGCGUACAAGUACAAGCCCAAUGGUUUAUGGCAAAACCAGGCCUAGAACCCAAGGGUCCUGACGUGACUACCAUCUUGGUGUUCUUGCACUUGUUUGGUUCUUGAGUGGGCUUUAGCACUUCACUUCUGCUUCUGACUUCUUCCCCUUUUCCCUUCUGCAGUGGUCAGGCUUUCCUGCCUCUCCCCAAUAGAUUGUCUUAUUUCAGGCAUGUGUGUACUGCGUGAUAGAGGGAAGGGCAUGCAUGGCUUCCACUUGGGCAGCCACUGAUACUGCCGUAGCAAAACUACUUUUUUCUGUCCUGGGCCUCAAGGGAUUGAACAAGAGAACCUGAACCCCUUUAGGCAUUCACUGAUUGUUUGCCCCCUCUGUUUGAGUGUGAUAUUUGAUAUGAAAUGCCACUGAUUCUGCUAGAUUCUUUUCCGGUUUACUUAGAGCCUGCCUUUCCUCUAGAUUUGUUUGCUUAUUCAGAUAACAUUUUUUUUAUUUGGAUCAAUUUGAUUCUGUAUUAUUUUAAAUUAAAUGUUUUCUUUUUCACCUGGA